AGCAAUCUCGCUGGGGCUCAAAGUUGUCCUGCAUCAAACCGUUAGGAUCCGUUUUCGUUCUCAACUUAGAAGCAGAAAGAUUAUCGAUGAUGGCAUCUGGCAGAUGGAUAGAAACGGGAGCAGAUUUGUGGAAGGACAAGGCAAGAUCGCUGCAGUUACAGCUACGAGACCGUUUCAGAGUCGCCGUCGAUCAGCACCGACGCCGGCCGAAGCUCUCCGAAGGUUACUUUGCGACCACAGUACAGCGAUGGGCUCAGCGCUUUAGCGAUUUCCGUCAGGAGUCGCUGCAUUCGUCUCCCACGUUUUACCGCAAAAGAGUUAGCAAGCACAUUGAUCAGGAAGCGGAUUCAAUCCUGGAACGCAUGCUUCAGGCUGUUGCUGUUCCUCUUCUUGGAAAUGUGUGCCAUGUAUUUAUGCAUGGCUUCAAUCAAGUGCAGAUAUAUGGUGCGGAAAAAUUACAUCAAGCUGUGCUCAAUCGGCCAGGGGACAAGCCUUUAAUUACGGUGAGCAAUCAUGUUGCGUCUAUGGAUGAUCCACUGGUUCUUGCUGCUGUGCUUCCCCGAAGUGUUAUUUUCGAUGCUCAAGCUUUGAGAUGGACACUUUGUGCAACUGAUCGGUGCUUUCAAAAUCCAGCUACAACGGCAUUCUUCAAAUCUGUUAAAGUCCUGCCUGUAUCUCGUGGUGAUGGAAUUUAUCAAAAGGGUAUGGACAUGGCUAUCUCAAAACUCAACCGCGGUGGAUGGGUUCACAUAUUCCCUGAAGGUAGUCGUUCUCGAGAUGGUGGAAAAACCAUGGGGAAUGCAAAAAGAGGCAUUGGAAGGUUGGUCCUAGAUGCUGACCGUGUACCAAUGGUUGUCCCGUUUGUGCAUACCGGGAUGCAAGAAAUUAUGCCUAUCGGGGCCAAGUUUCCUAGAAUCGGAAAGACGGUGACUGUACUUGUUGGUGAUCCCAUUCUUUUCGAUGACCUGCUUGAGGUGGAAGGAAAGCACCACAUAUCAAGAGGAAAGCUCUAUGAUGCCGUAUCUGCAAGAAUUGGUGACCGAUUACAUAAGCUGAAAGCACAAGUUGACAGAUUAGCAGCUAAGCAAUCUGUGAGUCAAGUGAGCUCUUUGGAACCCCAUUCAGAUGCAACCAGUGAUGAGCGAGAAGACGACACGAAUCAGGUCCCGUGCUUUAGAAUGGGUGUUUCUGGUAAUGGCGGGUUCGGAUCAAGAAUCAAAAGUUACAUGGAUUCAAUUGACCCGACACUGUUCUCAGCUAGAGGUUUGUUUGUGAAGCCCAGUGCAAACACGAACCCAAACCGUUAUACACAAAACAUUCAUGAUAUCGGUCAAGUGAGGGCGUGGCGUGACUUCUUGAGGCCGAACUGUGAAUUAAACUAUUCUGCCUGAGGUAAUGUUGGCACUGCUCAUUUUUGUGUCUAUAAAUAUAGAGUUGAUUUUGCCCUUUUGGCCACGUUUUUGCCCGUUUACUUGCAAAACUAAGCACAGCUCGAACUUAUAGUAUAAGGUUAUGAUGGACGUUGAUCCGCGAGAGAUAUUUAUGAUUAUAGAUGCUACGAUUGUAAUUUAGAACUAAAAUAGAAGAGAUGAAGUUACAUAGUGUUCUUUCUAUAUCAAGUUAGAUGGCAGUGCUAUAGUUUUGGU